AUGAAUCCUUUCUCAUCUGGUACGCGUCUGAGGGACAUGAUUCGGGCAAUACGUGCUUGCAAAACUGCAGCAGAGGAGCGUGCUGUUAUUAGAAAAGAAUGUGCUUCUAUCCGUGCAGCAAUUAGUGACAAUGAUCAAACUUUUAGACACCGUAAUUUGGCAAAGCUCAUGUUCAUUCACAUGCUUGGUUAUCCAACACAUUUUGGUCAAAUGGAAUGCCUGAAGUUAAUUGCAGCUCCUGGGUUCGCAGAGAAGAGAAUAGGGUAUCUUGGACUCAUGCUGCUUCUGGAUGAAAGACAAGAAGUUUUGAUGCUGGUGACCAAUUCAUUAAAGCAAGAUCUAAACCAGAACAACCAGCAUAUUGUGGGACUAGCUCUUUGUGCUUUGGGUAAUAUAUGUUCUGCAGAUAUGGCUCGUGAUCUUGCUCCUGAAGUUGAAAAAUUGCUGCAAUUUCGUGAUCCAAAUAUUAGGAAGAAAGCAGCAUUAUGCUCUAUUAGGAUUAUAAAGAAGGUCCCUGACCUUGCAGAUAAUUUUGUAGACCCGGUGGUUUCCUUGCUUAAAGAAAAGCAUCAUGGAGUUCUUUUAACUGGAAUCCAGCUUUGUACGGAUUUGUGUAAAGUCAAUGAAGAAGCCCUUGAGUAUUUUAGGAAGAAAUGCACAGAGGGUUUAGUAAGAUCUUUGAAGGAUGUUGUGAAUAGUCCGUAUGUUCCCGAAUAUGACAUUUCUGGGAUUGCAGACCCUUUCCUCCAUAUAAGAUUGCUCCGUGUUUUGCGCAUCUUGGGCCAUGGAGAUGCUGAUGCUAGCGAUUGCAUGAGUGACAUUCUUGCUCAGGUGGCAACAAAAACUGAGUCACACAAGAAUGCAGGGAAUGCUAUUCUUUAUGAAUGUGUAGGAACUAUUAUGAGUGUCGAAGAUAAUGGUGGCCUGCGUGUGCUUGCAAUCAACAUCUUAGGGAGGUUCUUGUCUAACCGUGACAACAACAUCAGAUAUGUUGCACUGAACAUGUUGAUGAAAGCAAUUGCAGUAGAUGCUCAAGCAGUUCAGAGACAUCGUGCAACCAUCUUGGAAUGUGUGAAGGAUUUAGAUGCUUCAAUACGUAAAAGAGCUCUUGAACUUGUAUAUCUUCUGGUGAAUGAAAGUAAUGUGAAACCUUUGAUGAAGGAGUUGGUUGAUUAUCUAGAAGUAAGUGACCAGGGAUUCAAGGGAGAUCUUACUGCAAAAAUUUGCUCCAUUGUAGAAAAGUUUUCGCCGGAUAAAAUUUGGUACAUAGAUCAGAUGCUGAAGGUUCUCUCCGAGGCUGGAAAUUUUGUAAAAGCUUCAGUAUGGCAUGCGCUGGUAGUUGUGAUAACCAAUGCUUCUAACCUCCAAGGAUAUUCAGUAAGAUCACUUUAUAGAGCAAUCCAAAUAUCACGUGACCAGGAAACACUUAUUAGGGUAGCAGUGUGGUGCAUUGGAGAAUAUGGUGAUAUGCUGGUAAACAAUAUUGAAAUGCUUGAUAUCGAGGAGCCGAUAACUGUAACAGAAUCUGAUGCUGUGGAUGUUGUAGAAAUUGCUAUCAAGAAUCAUUCAUUGAAUCUUACUACCAGGGCAAUGUGUUUGAUUGCUUUGUUGAAGUUGUCUUCUCGCUUCCCUUCUUGUUCACAGAGAAUAAAGGAAAUUAUUGCUCAAUAUAAAGGAAGCCUUCUGCUAGAACUCCAGCAAAGAUCUGUGGAAUUCAAUUCCAUAAUUGGAAAGCAUAAAAAUAUAAGAUCUGCAUUGGUUGAAAGGAUGCCGGUUCUCGAUGAAGCUACGUAUAAUGGAAGAAGGGCUAGGUCUGCAUCAGCAGCUGUUUCAACUUCACUAGAAUUUGCAUCAAACCUAUCGAAUGGAGUUAUUGCCAGAACAGAUGUUGCCCCUCUAGUGGAUUUACUCGAUAUGGGUGCAGAUGAACCUGUGCCACCAUGUUCUUCAGGUGGCAAUUUUCUUCUGGAUCUUAUUGAUGUUGAUAUGCCGUCUUCUUCAUCGCAAUCAGGUACAACUCAGCCUCAAAAAAGCGGUACAGACGUUCUACUGGAUCUGUUGUCAGCUUGGUCACCUCCACCUCAAAAAGGAUCACCUACAACUGAUAUAAUUUUGUUAAAUCAAGAUGAUAAACCUUCAGUUAAUGCAUUAGAUAUUCUUUCAUCAUCAAUGGUGCCAUCUGGUGAAGCCAAACCUACAGGUCCCUAUAUGAUGGAUUUGUUAGACGUAUUCGGUCCUAACCCUGCAACUCCCGAAGAGAGUGGUCCUACAUUUCCGCCCAUUGUUGCAUAUGAGAGUAGCGCGUUGACAAUAAUCUUCAACUUUUCAAAGAGACCUGAAAAUCCACAGAUGACUGACAUUGAGGCAAUGUUUACAAACAAGUCUUCUGAUGUCUAUACAGAUUUUGUUUUCCAGGCAGCUGUCCCAAAGUUUCUUCAGUUGCAUUUAGAGCCUGCUAGUAGCAACACUCUUCCAGCAAGUGGUUAUGGGUCGAUAACUCAAAAGUUACACGUUACCAACAGACAACACGGCAAGAAAUCGCUUGUCAUGCGCAUACGAUUAAGUUACAAGUUGAACAACAAAGCGGUCCUGGAGGAGGGACAAAUUAGUAAUUUCCCACGCGAUUUGUGA